GACAUAUAGCAACCUCUAUGUGAAGGGGGUUAGGAAGACAUGUCCCCUGUGGGCAAAUCAUUUCGUAUUUGUCCAUAAAGAGGUUUCUUGCCCCAUCCACUGGCAUAUCUGGAAAUGGCCAUGGAUGGUAUUGUGGAGUGCUCAGCCAUAGGACUGGGUGGAUAUGGCAUUUCCCAUUCCUGUGCUCCAAAUGAAGCACACUGUAUUUGGGGUUUAACUUUUGGAGCUGUGCAUGUAUUUAUAUUUAGAAUGUUUAUUUUGUUUUUCUUGUGUGUGAGGCAUCCUUGGCUAAAUAAAAGACCCUUCUGCACCGUGGGAACUCAGCUUUGAUUGGCUGGGCUUUAAUAAAGAAGUCAGAAACUACCUCCCAGCCUUGCACUCCCUUUAGUUUGCAUACCACAGGAACUUCGUUGGCUGUGGUUGGGAUAAACGAGGGGGCAGCCCCGUCUCUUUUAAUUUAAAGGAAGGUUUGAAACCAGGGCUUGUUAUCUAAGAGAGGAGGUGUAUGAGCUAUGUAUAUUGGCAAUUGGACGGGACAGUGAGAAGCUAGCAGUCAGUGCAGCGUGAUCACAGGGAGGAACAGAACACUGUGACAGAGAAAGUCCAAGAAUGGCAGAAAACACAGUGAAUUGAUAUUUUUUUAAAGAAGCAAAAACAUGAAUAACUGGAUUUGAGAGAAAGUGUGAUGGACAGAGAAAAAGUGGGGGGAGAUAGUGGGGAGGAGACAGAGAGGAACAGUGGAAAGAAAUAAAAAGGGAGUAGGUGGAGAGAAAGAGGAAGAAAGGCAGAAAGAGGGUGGGGGGAACCAAAUGAGAGACAGACAGAGAAAGUGGGUGGAGAAGAAGGGGAACUGAGACAGAAAGAUAAAAGGAGUACAGAACAAACAACUGAAAAGAAGAAAAAGAAGAAGGAACCUGGGAAGGAGGAGGAGACCAGAGAAGAGAUACCAAGCAUCAGAGGCUGUGGUCCCACUGAGCAGAGAUGGAUAACUGGAGCUUCUUGGGCGAAUUCCUUGAAGAAGUCCACAAGCAUUCCACUGUGGUGGGGAAAGUCUGGCUAACUGUGCUUUUCGUCUUCCGGAUGCUGGUACUGGGCACAGCAGCGGAGUCCUCAUGGGGAGAUGAGCAAUCUGACUUCAUGUGUGACACCCGGCAGCCUGGCUGCGAGAAUGUUUGUUAUGAUAAGGCUUUCCCCAUAUCUCAUAUUAGGUACUGGGUCCUUCAGGUCAUUUUCGUCUCUACCCCUUCCCUGGUGUACAUGGGGCAUGCAAUGCACACGGUGCGCAUAGAGGAAAAGAGAAAAAUAAAGGAGGCAGAAAUGAGGGCAAAGGGGAUUAGAAGUAGCGGUGACUCUUACCACCAACAGGAGUAUCCUGCAGCAGAGAAGGCAGAGUUCUCCAGUCGGGAGGAAUCAAAUGGGAAAAUAAUACUCCAGGGUAGCUUGCUGAACACCUAUGUCUACAGCAUUUUGAUUCGCGUUGCUAUGGAAGUGACCUUCAUCGUCGGACAAUACAUCCUCUAUGGAAUCUUCCUGAAAACCCUGUACAUCUGUCACCGGGAACCCUGUCCUCACCCCGUGAACUGCUACGUCUCGCGGCCCACAGAGAAGAAUGUCUUCAUCAUCUUCAUGCUGUCCGUGGCAGCGUUGUCACUCUUCUUGAGCCUGGCCGAACUGUACCACCUGGGGUGGAAAAAAGCGAAGGAGAAAUGUGCUAAAUCUUACAAACCCAGCCCCACAAUGGUGACUAGCAAAUUGGCGCCUGCAACCCAAGUAGAGAUGGCUCAAAGUUGCACUCCCCCUCCAGAUUUUAAUCAAUGUUUGGUCAAUCCCAAUGGGAAAUUCAUCAGCCCUUUCAGCAAUAAGAUGGCCUCUCAGCAGAACACGGCCAACUUUGCCACUGAGAGGGUCCACAGCCAAGAGGAUGCAGCUGGAGAAGGCCAAUUUAUCCAGAUCAACUAUGCACAGAGUCCUGAGGCACCCAAUGACUCUGCCCCCCACCAGGUCUCCAAUGGCUAUUUCAAUGAGAAACGCAGGCUCAGCAAGACCAGCCAUGCCAGCAGUAAGGCGAGGUCAGAUGACCUGUCUGUGUGACUUGUUGCCGGGUGGGGCAAAGAGGAAGGGAAAGACCUCAAUACUAAGCAAAAUGUCUGCAGCGUGGCCUUGAACUCCUCCUGCCAUUCUGCUCUCUGAUGACCCUCUGCUCCUUUUUAGUGAACGGCACUGCCAUGCUCCAGACAGCACUUCUCAAGCCUUAGCACAGCGAGGGGCAAGCUUUCCCAACUUGCCAGGAGCCUGAACACAGCACUUAAUUUGCAGAAAAUGCAGCAGAUGGUAACCAGCCUCAUAUUUAAUGGAGAGGCACCACUUACAGGGACUACAGAACCUGCCUUUACUUGCUAUUCAGAGAUGGAAUGCUGGUGAGCAGGACCUGAAGUCUCCAGAGUUUGUAUCUCUCCUGUAAAAGUGAGGCUGGCCCUGAGCUUAAUAUUGAGUUCACUAAGCUACACAUUGCCCGCCUUGCCGUUACUUUGGAAUUGCUUUAACAUGGAGCUACAUCCACUUUGCAAGCACAUCAAGUUACACCUUUUCUGAGAAAAGCAGUAAUAGAACACUAGGUUUUUGAACAAAAUGCUUUAUAUUUGGCUUGCUCUCUUUCCUUUUCUCUGCCUGUGCCCAGACACAUUAUACCACCUUGCCUUGCCUAUACCAAGUAAAUGUGCAAUGAAGUCUACUUGAAUUUUUGACACUAUGUAUGUAGUCCCUUGAAGAUCUGAUGUAGUUAAGAAUUAUCUGUUUUCCUCACAAAAUAAAAUGCCUUAGGCUGUGUCUCCAGUAUGGUGGAUCUACACUGUGGUGACUGAUCUGCCAGGGGUCGAUUUAGCAGGUCUAGUGAAGACCCACUAAAUCAAUUGCCGAACACAGUCCUGGCAAUUCCAGUAUUCCCUUGGAAUGGGAAGCUUAAAGUAAGUUGAUGGAAAAGUUUCUACAAUCAACCAAGCACCAUAUAGACACUGCAGGUAGUAGACCUAAGGUACAUAAACUCCAGCUAAGUGUUAUUCACAUGUAGACCUGUCCCUCAGUAUCCAACUAUGGAAAUAACUUCAUCGCAGGGUCAAGCCAGCAGAGAGAGCCUGGCAUCCCUGAGAUAUUACCCAAACUACCCACUGAAGGAAUUUUCACAAGAUACUUAUACUAGUUUCAAGAGGAAAGUCCACUUAAACAAAAUAAAUAGAUUUUCCCUUGGAAGCAAAUAUGUCACUGGUAAAAAGGAGGGACUAUGUUGUGGAAAGACAUGAUUUUUUUUUCUCUUUAGCAAAUGUUUUAAGCACAUUUAGUUCUACUGAAAUGGUGCUAGACUGACAGCUCUGGAGAGUGAAGUUCUCUCUCUGUUCAUCCACACUUGAGGUACCACACAGGUACUGGUUGUACAAGCUUCCUCCACCCUGCCCUUCCAAUGAAGCUCAACCUUAUUCUGAAGGGUCCUCUUGGACUGAGAAUACUGUCUAGCCGCCAUGACUCAAUCAGCCCUUGGUCACUUUGCUGAGUCUGCCAGUUCUUAUGACAGGCAACUAUUUGUUAAAAAAUCAAUGAACUCAACUCUUUCCACCAUGCAAGCCACCCUGAGCCACCAUCUUAUGGCAACGCUGGGUAAUGAGAUAAACAAGGAUCCCAAAGCAAGGAUGUUCAAGUAGCACUUAGGAUGGUUUCUAGUUCCCAAACCCAAGUUUGACCCCCAUUCAUCUGGUCAUUGCAGAACUGAAGCAAGGGGAUUAAAUGUAUCUUUCUGUCUUUGGAAGAUAAACUAGCCUAGUCCAACCCACUCCCUCUCAUUUACCCUAUCCUUUUGGACAUGUGCAGGUGCUUAUAAAUGGUUGAAUUGUGUGGAUAAAGGCUUGGAGUGAUUUAAGAAAGGACUGAUCCUGUGAUAUCUGAUGUUGACAAAGAUUGUCACUCCUUGAGUCCAGUACAAUACAUGAUUUGGUGCACUUCCCAGCCCAUGCACCAGGAGGAAAACAUAUUAGUUUGUAGGUGACUUAUGUACAUGUAUUUUUAAUCAGGAAAAGAUGUAUGCUCUUCUGAACAAGAGAUUUUAAACAACCAUGCCUACUUUGUCCUAAUAAAGUUCUGAUUUCAUCUC